AUGGACGUUUUCCUUACCCGUCUCACACAACAGGCGAUGAACUAUGCAAUUCGCUCGGGAAUUGCGAUCACAGCUACUUAUGCGAUGCGCCAAUCAUCGCGUCUGCUCAAAAGUGUAAAUAGCGAAGACCGCGCAGAACUGCUUACUUUGCAGCAGAGGCUGGAAAGUAAAAUUCAAGUGAUUGCGCCGUCGAUUGAUAUGAUUGAGUUGAUUGCUGCGCGUGGAAACACAUCGCUCGAGUCUGCCGUUGCUCUUACAAAAUCCCUGAGGUGGGAUAUUCAAGCACUGGGGCAACGACUGGGAAGAGCAGCAUCUUCUGAAGAAGCCAUGCGAAGUAAUUCUAGAUCUUCAAAAGACAGUAGCCGCAUCGAUGCAGAAGUCAAAUCCAUCAUUAAGGAUAUCAGGAACCUUCUGGUGCGCAUAGAGGAUGCUGUUCCGCUUAUGAACUUGGCUAUAACAACCUCGGGGGCUAAGUUGUCUACAAAUCUUCCCUCAACGGUCUCUCCAUCUCGCCUCCUACAAGCCAGUACAUUCUUAACUGCCGGCGAUACACAAUACUCCAUGUCUCAGUCUCAGGCUCAGGCUGUUCAAAUUGGCCCUACAUUCACAUUGUCAAUGUACAUGCUCUUUUCGGGUCACUUGCGUCCUCAUGAUGAAAAAUCCGUCAGAGAAGCAACUUGGAAGGAAGUCAUGCACAAGGCGCGUUUGAAACUUCGACGAGUACCAAUGAGCCUAUACUAUUCUGACGAUCAACACAAAACCUCACAACUUCCUGCACCAGCAGGCAACGAUGAAUAUGCAUACCAAGUGAUGAUUAUCGAAGACUUGGAUGACGGAAGAGUUCAUACUUUCGAAGACGACGAACCGAAGCCUCAUGCAUGUGAAGGUGUUGCUACUGCUGGAAUUCGAGAGAUCUUGCCUAUUCAUCAAAUCUCCAAGAUCUUCUAUGCAGAUACAGGCAGAAUUUUAAACAUCAAUACGGAAGGAGAGACAAACAACCCUGUUCUUCUAUUGAAACGAGACUUAAACGCUCUACCGCCUCGCCAAAAGAUGGAGCGUGAAGAUGUCGAAGAUGAGUAUGCUUCUGAUAAAUCCGAUGGAGACUCCGUUAAUGAAGAGCAAGCACAACUUGACUCUCAAUUACGCGGAAGUGGUCCUUCCGCCCAUGAUAGCUUUAGCUCGCUACAUGAAGACUCUAUCCCCGAAGAGUGGCGUUUACCAUCAGGCCUUGAUCCAGAGUGGAUCGCAUUCGAGGUCUACAACGAGGAUGAUGGGUCCGAUACCGAAUCCGAGGCAGAGAAUCUGCCACACACUCCUACAGAACCCACAAUUGACCCAAACACGAUGGCAAAGCUAUCUCUAAACAAUAAAUCUUCCUCCUCCCCAUCCUCACGUUCACCAGGCCAACAAGAUAUCAUCAACUCUACGUCUGCCACAACAACCGUCUCUAAUCCUCUCUUCGAAAACAUUCGCACCUCCCUCUCUCUCCUGGAAACUAUCCUCCGUCUAACAUCUCUCCAACAAUUCCAACAGCAAUCACAUCUUGCUAUCAGCGACGAGCUCCUUAACUUCUUCCUCGAGGAGUCUUCGACCACUGGAGCUGGCGGCGACGAGCAGCACCGCCAACGACUUCGCUCCGAAGCCCGCCGCCGUGUGGGAUGGGAUCCCUACGAUGAAAGCCCUUUGAAACAUCGUGGUGAAGAUUACCAGUAUGGAUGGGGAUCUGGUAGUCCUUCUGCAUACCCGCGUGGAGACGAAAUGUACUCGCCUGGUGGCAUGUCACAGAGUUUUCAACUUCGAUCGAGAGAGAAUACACCAGAAACUCCUACACAAAAACGGGGUUCCCCGUCUUCCCGUGCAGAUCGGUCGCGACCUAGUGGAUUGAGAGGGAUGACGCCGGCUUACAGUGAGGGAUACGAGUCGAAGCAGAGCUCGCCUUUGGCCAAAAAAGCUGGAAAUAUCCAAAGAGGUGCGGCCUCUGCUUCCGGGACGGGGACGGCGGAGUAA